AUAACUGUGUGAAAACCCACCGAGCAGACACAGAAAGAGAGAGACACACACAACAUAGGGAGAAGAGAGGCCCCGGGUCUUGCUUAGAGGCAGCAGCAGUUCAUCACAUACACACACACUCACACACACACACACACACAGAGCCAUGGCGAACAUCGCGGUCCAAAGGAUCAAGCGGGAGUUUAAAGAAGUUCUCAAAAGCGAGGAGACAAGUAAAAACCAGAUAAAAGUAGAUUUGGUGGAUGAGAACUUCACAGAGCUGAGGGGGGAGAUAGCAGGUCCUCCAGACACACCGUAUGAAGGAGGCAGAUAUCAGCUUGAAAUAAAAAUCCCAGAAACCUAUCCUUUUAACCCACCAAAGGUGCGUUUCAUCACUAAGAUCUGGCACCCUAAUAUCAGUUCUGUGACAGGAGCAAUAUGUCUGGACAUUUUAAAAGACCAGUGGGCAGCUGCUAUGACCCUGCGGACGGUGCUGCUGUCUCUACAGGCUCUCCUAGCUGCAGCAGAACCAGAUGAUCCACAGGAUGCAGUAGUAGCAAACCAGUAUAAGCAGAACCCAGAAAUGUUCAAACAGACCGCAAGGCUGUGGUCUCACGUCUACGCAGGCGCUCCUGUCUCCAGUCCCGACUACACGCGCAAAAUAGACAAACUCUGUGCUAUGGGCUUUGAUAAGAAUGCAGUAAUAGCGGCCUUGUCUUCAAAAUCUUGGGAUGUGGAAACGGCGACAGAGCUGCUCCUCAGCAACUGAAACCCAGCCAGGUGCGAGGAUCCCCGAACUCCCUUCAUCAUAGCAUCAGCUCCUCCCCGGCACCAUUCAACCAUUACCAUCGCCCCAUUCACCACAGCAGUCUGAGCCUUCUUUUGUAACAAGUUUGUUUGCUACAAACUCAACACCGGUAGCACCGCAGUCGCCAAUAUGCACACCACCCCGUUGCCUGUCUGACCCCAUCUGUCCAUUAUGCCGAGUCUCUUCUGCCACUAACACAAAAUGUGUAUCCGUGUUAUAAGCCACUAAAAACUCAUACAUCCUGUCUUCCAUGCCUUUUUUAGUCAUAUUGGCUCUGAAACUUCAUUUUUUCACUAAUUGUUGCUCUUUAAUAUUGCAAAGAAUUGAAUAACUGCCAUUGCCUAGUGGAUUUUCCAGGGUAAAAUGAAAAGGGAAUCCUCCAUACUGCUCUCACAGUACAUUACCAUUUUACCCCUUUAAGCAACCGUUCAGACCUUAUGUCAGAUUAUUCUCUUAUGUGGACAUUUAAUGCUGUAAAGGUCAAGCUGGACUUUAGUAACUUGACUGGAUAGUGUUCUGCAGGAGCAGUGUAAUGGAUUUUUCAUGAACAGUUUAUCAUAGAUGCUUCAAUCAUCUGCAAAGGUUUGAAUGUACAUGGUUUUUUUUUUUUUCAGUCUGUAGCAUUAGAAAAAUCACACAGACAUCCUCAAACAUCUGCACACAGAAGGAAAAACAGUUAUCUGUAAAUAGAUGUGUGUACAUUUGAAAAUACAAUCGGGAUAUACUUUUUUUCUUACAUGGCAUUGUAAAACUAAUUAUUUUAAAUAUAAACUAUGCCUAGUUUACAAUUAUAUGAAGAGGAUAUGUUUUUAUGCUUUUGUGAUCCAUGAGAAAUCCCUCUGAAUAUGCUGGUGUCCUUUUUUGUUUUCGAGUGUUUUUUUUUUUUUAGGGGUGGCAAAGCCAAAAUCCUGUCCCUAAUGGCAUAGGAGGUGACAGCCAGCUCAGGCCCCUGAAGGUCAUUACAUGCCACCUUUUCUGCUACACCACAAUCCAACCUUGUGUCUUUUAUUGUCCUUGCAUGUUCUAUGCUGCCUUUAUCUUAUUUGGCCAAAUGAUGUGGUGACAGGGUGUUCGAUUUUAAACAUCCCCUCAGACUUGUGGAACUCGCAAAGGCUCUUGUGAAUCUUUGGAAAGAGACGCAAGAACUUCUGCUCGGCAAAACAACUUACAGCGUACCCAGUUUGGCGUGAUAUCCGUAGGGAACCAAAGCUUUUUCUGUUGCUGGAAAAUGUUCUCCUCUGCUCUGAAAAGAUGCGUCUGGCACCAACAGGAGAGCACACCUCGAGAAGAAACGCACGGUUCUGAACGUCAUUAACAGUUUGAGUUUGCAAUGCUGUGGUUUUUGUUUUUCACUCACUUCAGAACAUUUGGUUUCGACCAAUACGCGUUCUAUUCUCAGCCAUGGAUUAAUGAUCCGCUCACCCUCUCAGUCCUGGUGUCGAUCAUUAAGAGGGAGAGCUUUAUCACUGAUCAAAUCCCGCAGUACUCAAUCAAAACUUUGGCCAUAUAUAAAGAGGUAUGUAGGCGACAUCCUAUAUUCCCCAAACAUGCUUUACUACGCAGCCAAAUAAAAUGCUCAUCGAGGUAGGUUUUGAAUGAUGUCUUAUGAGUAGUAAAAGAGGCUGGAUCUCCUCUGUUAUCCCUUGAAGCAGAUAGCAGGCCCGCACAGUGUUUUUUUGGUUUGAGGUACAUGGACUGUGAACAAAUGCUUAGCAUAUAGAGAAGUGGGGCGUCAAUGAAUCCUCACAUAUGGCCUUUUUUUUUUUUGUGUGCGUUUUUGGAAACUUUCACUUGCCCUACAGCUCAGUCCCCUACCAACACAGUGGCAUAUUAUAGGACAUGGAGUUAUUGUGCACCCUUCUCCACUGACAGAACAGUUUCCAGCCAGAGCCAAAAAAUUUAAAAUUAAAGUUUAUAGUCAGAGGUAGGACGCACACAUUAUCUCCGUUACUUGUAAAUAGUCAGGUUCUUGAUAAAGAGCUGUAUCGUUAUCACUAGAGUGCACCAUUGAUGGCUGGAUCUAUAUUUUGUAAGAAAAAUAAAGGACAAAAAAAUUAAGAGGCCCCCUUCUCCCUGGUGUUCUCACUAUGUACAAUAUUGCACGAUGACGAAGCAUAAAAAAAGGGGCUGUUGCAUCUCAGUUUCUCCAUCUGGAUUGAGACUUAUUUUCUUCUUGUUUCCUUGGAAGCAAGCAUCAGCAGUAUAAAAAGCAUGGUUAUUUAUUGUGACAGUGUCAUGUUUCUUUGAUUAAAAAAAAA